GCAGAUACAUGGAUAAAUUAUACGCUCCUUGAGUUUUACAGUGUGUGCGCUGCCUUUAGAGUGGCAAUCUGGUCUGCAAAAUGGUGCAUCAGACGUCCUAAGGGCCCAUCAUUCGUGGAUAGAUGUCUAUGGUGUGGAAACUGCGGAAGAUUUGAGUGGAAAGCUGAUGCUGUGGAAAGAGGCCAGCACUUCCUUUCCAGCCGAUAUUGACAUCCCUGCUGCUAGUCUCGGAAGAGAAGCAAGGAAAGCGAUGCAAGCCGGAGCUUGCUCUUGUCGUGCCUGUUGGAUGGAGGGCCGGGAUGGGGGAUAUGCAUUUGGAACGCGGCGAUCCCCUGGAAAGUGCGGGAUGGGCGUUCCUGAUCAAGCGAGGAGACCUUGUGCAUAUUGGGGAUUGCCGACAACCCUCCGGCACUGCAGAGGCUGGGUGUUUCUGGCAAAUGGCUCUUUGUCGUGGCACAUGUGCUUUCGGUGUUUCCGCCUUGCAGCAGAUGUGGAAUACUUGGCAUACUGCCCGGACUGCCCGUGUGUCACCUUGGUAUUGUGGGCAGAAUCAACCUCUUGGCCGUCAGACUCUCAGCGUGUGCUGUCUUGAUUGUCAGGGUCCAUUGGUGUAUAGAUCCUGCAGUACCGAAGGUCUGAUAGCUGCACGAUGGGUCCCUCAAACGAAGGAAUGGUCAGUAUAUCAACGGACAGCUGUAGGCGCUAGCAGGGAAUAUGCCAGGCCCAACAAACUUAAGGGAUUCUAUACCUUUCCACAAGACAUCAGAGAUAUGCAAGCUAACAAGCGUCAUGGUCAUCUCGAGCGUGCACUGGCACUCGUCAUCCAAAAUAAUCCGCACUUUGCGCACAAAGUGCUCCCGCCUGUGCGUGCGAAUGUAGUCGAUGUUUGAAAUCCAGCUGGACGCAUAGCCAUGUGCACAGUCGUCAGCAGUGCCGCCAGCCAUGAGCAUGCGUUCCAGAAUAAGUGUGUGGGUAGCCAAAGGCAAGGUGCAGCUAUUCUACAUCUUGCACACUAUCGCGAACCCUGCCACUUGGACAUACUCGGGCAUGCCGCACCUGUCCACAAGUAUGCU